ACAUCGAAUUGUUAUUGGUAAUACUACCAAUAUCAAAUCGUAGGGGCAUAUUCGUCAUUCUAAUCAUAAGAAAUUACAAAGAAACGUAAACUCCACCUGUAAAAUCACAUCGAAUAAGUUAUUGGAAUACAACCAACAUGAAAUCGUAGGGACAUAUCCGUCAUUCUAAUCAAAUUAAAUUACAAUUUUAUAUACUACCACUAAUCUCAAAACUCCUUUAUAUUUAUCAUCACCAAAUAUUACCAUAUAUAUUUCGCGUUAUUCUCAAGCGCUCUCUCUCUCCUCUCUCUCACUAGAUCCCUCUUUCCCUAACCUUUUUCAGGGAUCAUUAAGAAGAAAGAGAAAUGGGGUUGACAUUCACAAAGCUUUUCAGCCGGCUAUUUGCCAAGAAGGAAAUGCGCAUCCUCAUGGUUGGACUAGAUGCAGCUGGUAAGACCACCAUAUUGUACAAGCUCAAGCUUGGAGAGAUCGUCACCACCAUUCCAACUAUUGGUUUCAAUGUGGAAACUGUUGAGUACAAGAACAUCAGCUUCACCGUUUGGGAUGUCGGGGGUCAGGACAAGAUCCGUCCAUUGUGGAGGCACUAUUUCCAGAACACUCAGGGUCUCAUUUUUGUGGUUGAUAGCAAUGACAGAGAUCGUGUUGUGGAGGCAAGAGAUGAAUUGCACAGGAUGUUGAAUGAGGAUGAGCUUCGCGAUGCUGUACUGCUUGUUUUUGCUAACAAACAAGAUCUUCCUAAUGCAAUGAAUGCUGCUGAAAUUACCGAUAAGCUUGGACUACACUCCCUCAGGCAGCGUCACUGGUACAUCCAGAGCACUUGUGCAACUUCUGGAGAGGGACUGUACGAGGGGCUUGAUUGGCUUUCCAACAACAUUGCCAAUAAGGCCUAAGCUGGAAUAGAGUUGCGGUUUGAUACUGGAUGCAGGGGAGUUUUUAUCUAGUUACUUUUUCGUUUAUUUCUCAUCUUAAAUCUGUGUGUUUAUGAAUUUGCUUCUUAGGACGACACUUUUGAAACGUUUUUGUAAAACAAUGGUUGGAUGUAUGUAAUCUGUUGUGUGAUGUAUGCACGACAUACAAGCAAUUACAUAAAAAGGACAUUUCAAUUGA